AGUUGCACUUUAUGGGUCCUCACCAGGUAUAAUGUCCUUGCCUGCUUCCCACCUUCUCCUUUACUGUGUUCAAUCUGAAUUACCAUUCUGGGGUACACGGCAGAUUAGCUUCUGUAAAUGGGUUUGUUCAUUAGUCUCUCGUGGUUCCUGAGAUUAUUUAAACUCUCAUAGGCUCGGAUCCUUUUGCAUCACCACGGAUGACAGUUUCUGCAGAAUACCCUUUGAAAAGCGUAUGAAGCUACGCGCGCCGAUGAUUUUGACGUAGCAGGGCACUGUUUUGCACGACAUAUUGGAGGGCCGAUUUGAUUUCCGAAGGCGGGAAUCCGAUAACUCCGCAGCUGAGACUGAACUGCUGCUCUUGGUUUGGGUUGGAGGACGGAUUUCUGGAGAGAAACAAUGAGGGGAGCAGUGCUUGUGGCGAUUGCUGCAACGAUCGGCACCAUGUUACAAGGAUGGGAUGGUUCCACCAUUGCAGGGUCUGUUCUUUACAUCAAGGGGGAGUUCGAUCUGCAGGAACAACCGACAAUAGAAGGACUAAUAGUAGCUAUGUCGCUUAUUGGAAGCACGGCUAUAACAACCUUUUCAGGACCUCUUUCGGAUUCCCUUGGACGACGUCCAAUGAUGAUAAUCUGCUCAGUGCUAUCCUUUGCCAGCGCCCUAAUAAUGCUGUGGGCUCCAAAUGUGUACGUGCUACUCCUGGGAAGGUUAUUCAGUGGUUUUGGUAUCGGCAUCGCCAUCACUCUUGUACCAAUCUAUAUAUCUGAGACCGCCCCCUCUGAGAUAAGAGGACAACUUAACACCAUUCCGCAAUUUGCGAAUUCUAGCGGAAUGUUUCUGUCUUAUUGCUUGGUAUUCGGGGUGUCACUGAUGGAGUCACCGAGCUGGAGAUUGAUGCUUGGAUUUUUUAGUCUGCCGUCUCUAAUAUAUUUCCUGUUGACGGUCUUUUUCUUGCCCGAGUCUCCCCGUUGGCUCGUGACUAAAGGAAGGAUGAACGAGGCCAGACAGGUUCUCCAGAGACUAUACGGGAGAGAAGAUGUUUCAGGUGAGUUGGCCCUACUGGUCGAAGGUCUAAGUGUUGGAGGCGAAACGUCUAUCAAAGAGGUAAUCAUGCUCCCAGUGAAAGAGAUCACUCCGUACCAGCACGAAGGUGCAGAAACAGACAGAAUCAGGUUAUACGAAACCCAGAUGGGCCAUCCAGGGAUCGGCGAAUCUCUGACUGGGCAGAGUAUUCCCAACCACGUGUCCCAGGGGGGAAGUGUAAUGAACCAAAGCAUGCCGCUUAUGGAUCCAAUUGUCACAAUGUUUGGCAGCGUCAGCGACUCGCCUAUGCAGAGAGGAAGCAUGCUCAGCACAGUGUUCCCGAACUUUGGAAGCGUUUUCAGCACAGCGGACCACACCAAUGAUAAGGAUUUGCAAUUGGAUUUGGAGCACCAGGGAGAUUGCGAGGACUAUGCUUCAGACGAUGGCGGUGACCAGGACGAGAGCUUGGAGACACCGCUUCUUUCUCCUGAGGUGAGUGCCAUAGGCAAGGACCAUGCGAAUCAGGCAUCGCAUGGAAGCUUUAUGAGCACAGGACUAGCGAGCAAGCUAACACAGGAGGAUGCCGGCGAACCAGUCAAUUGCACGGAUAUCGGUAGUGGUUGGAAGCUUGCGUAUAAAUGGUCAGGGAGAGAAGGAGAGGACGGCAUGAAAGGAGUUAAGAGGAUCUAUUUGCAUCAGGACAGCACCUUUGGUUCUCGGCGUGAGUCAGCUCGUUCGAUCUCGGGUGCCGAUUAUCAUGAAGAGGGCCAAAUGUGUCGUGCAGCUGCUUUGGUUAGCCAGUCUGUUCUUUUCUCUCAGGACAUGAUGGGUCGGUCUCCAGAGGGUCUAGCAAUGGUUCAGCCACCGAAAGCUGCUACAAGUGGGCCUAGCUGGCGUGAUCUCUGUGAACCAGGAGUGCGUCGAGCGCUGUUUGUUGGAAUUGGUCUUCAAGCUCUUCAGCAGCUGUCGGGCAUAAAUGGAGUCCUCUUCUAUGCUCCUCAAAUCCUCAAGCAAGCAGGUGUUGCUGUUCUUCUUUCGGGCAUGGGCAUUAGCACUGAAUCUGCAACCUUCCUUAUAAGCAGCGUCAUGGCAUUGACCAUGCUACCGUGCAUAGCCCUAUCGAUGAAGCUCAUGGAUGUAGCUGGAAGAAGGUCUAUCUUGCUCUCCACCAUCCCUAUCCUGGCACUGUCGCUCCUCAUCCUCAUUGUCACCAGCAUGUUCAAUCUCGGUUCCUUCAUUGCUGUAAUAUCGACCAUCAGCGUCAUGGUUUAUCAGAGCAUCUUUGUCAUGGGAUUCGGAGUGAUACCGAAUAUCUUGUGCUCGGAAAUCUUCCCUACCAAGGUCCGUGGGCUGUGCAUUACAAUCUGCGCUCUCACCUAUUGUGUGGGAAACAUCACCAUCACCUACUCGCUUCCCGUGUUGCUCAACUCGAUUGGCAUCGCCGGCCUUUUCUCAAUUUAUGCUCUUGGGUGCAUCUUGUCUUGGAUAUUUGUGUUCUUGAGGGUUCCCGAGACCAAGGGCAUGCCUCUGGAGGUCAUCUCUGAGUUAUUCGCUGCGGGCGCAAAGCAGGCUUCUGGUGAUAAUGAUAGCUAGGUCGGUCGUUAUGGCACGGUGUUCCUGUUUCUUGCACGCUAUCGACGGGCAUGUUACGCACUCGGAAGUCCUAGAAAUUUAUUUUGAGCAUAUUUAGUUCUUAGGGGCACAUCAGUCUUAUUUUUUCUUGCCGGUUGUUGCAUGCCAUUACUUAUCCCAGCUCCCCCCAUUUUUGUACUUAAUAAAUCGAGCAUUGUUA